CGACGCCGUUUCGUUAAAAAACAAGAGGGAUGCCAACCCCAGCCUUGUGCCCCCCAAGCCCCUUCCUUCAGAAUUCAGAUUCCAGAGAGCAACAACAAGGAACAGCUGCCCGCAACCCUAGCCUCCACCGCCUUGUGCCUCUAUUGCCGCCGCGCCGUCCGUCGCACCGACCCCUGUUCGCUCUCAGACUCACCAGUCGCAGGCACGCUGUUUCUUCCUCGAGCGUCCGUCGUCUUCGUCUUCUUACCGUCAUGCUAGCCGUCGUCUUCGUCUGCUGACUCUGCUCGCCGUCUGAGACCGAAGUGAGAGACUGCUGUUGCCGCCUCCGUUGCACUCAAGAACUUCCGUCUUCGUGCUAUCGCCGUUCGCUACUUCGCUCCAUUCCAAUCUAGUGCUUGUUCUUCGUGUUUAUUUUAUUGUCUGUUCAGAAAUCAAACCCUCUUCGUGCUUGUUCUUCGAUGGUUGAUUUCAGACUCUCGGUGAUUCUCAUAAUAUUAGAGUUUUUGUGAGUAGUCUCUCAUACCGGUAAUGGAAGCUGCUUAGAGGAAUUUCAAGCUUUGAGAUUUUCUUCCAACGAUGAUGCUGACAACUGGGAUGGAAUGCUUUCUAUAAAAACCACGAGUAAGUUUAAUGUUCUUCCCACGGGAGCAGCUCAAAGUUGGGAGUGGAGUAACUUCCAACAUUGAAAACCAUCAGCACAAUGAACUGGUGAUGGAGGCUAUUUUAGGUUUUAGAAGCCAAAGGAUCGAUCCUCUUUUAGACAUGAAGAAAGUGCAUGGGUACCUGGUGAGGAGGGGCAUCCUCUUUCGGUGCCACCGUCUUCACACAGGAAUGAUGGCCACAUACGCCGCCACGUGCCCCCAUUCUUUUGCUAAUAAGAAGCUUCAAACACUGAUGAACAAGUUCUUGAGAUGCAUCAGCAUCAACUCCACCAACCCCAUACACUUCAAUGCCAUCAUCUCUGAUUCUUCUCGCAUGGGCCUGCCCUUUCUCGCUCUCACUACCUUCUCCUUCAUGCACUCCAAUGCCAUUCCUCUGGAUACCUACGCUUUCUGCAGCACCUUGAAUGCUUCCUCUACACUCGCAGAUGUUCACUUUCCCAAACAGAUACAUGCCCACCUGGCAAAAUCGGGUUGGUCCUCUAGUGUUUUUGUGGCCAGUGCUCUCAUUGAUCUCUACUCUAAAUUGUCCACUUUGAAAGAUGCAGUCCUUGUGUUUGAUGAAACUCCUCACAAGAACACUGUUUGUGCCAAUGCACUUUUGUCCGGUUAUGUCCAUGCUGGUUUCUGGGUUGAACAGCUUGAACUAGUUAGGAAGAUGCCAGUCUUGAAAUUGAAGUACGAUCACUUUACACUCUCGGCGGCUUUACGUGCAUGCACCGGUUUAUCUGCCAUUGAAUUGGGUAGACAACUGCAUAGUUAUUUGUUGCGUACGAUAUGGGACAUAGAGAGUGAUGUGUUUCUGCAGAGUGCGCUGAUUGAGAUGUAUGGCAAGUGUGGGAUGGUGAAGAAGGCAUGGCAAGUGUUCGGGUUGGCAGGAACCGAGGUGAAAAAAGAAAGAAGCAGAGAUGUUGUGCUGUGGACUUCAAUGCUUGGUGUGUAUGGCAGAAAUGGACACUACAAAGAAGUCAUUGCUUUAUAUAAUGAAAUGUUGGUGGAAGGAAUCAGACCAGAUGGGAUAGCAUUUCUUACGGUGAUCUCGGCUUGUGGUCGAACCGGCCAAGUACAAGAGGGUGUCAAGUAUUUUGAAUCUAUGACUAAUGAAUUCAAGUUAGAUCCUGGUCCAGAGCAUUACAGCUGUUUGGUUGAUUUGCUUUGCAGGGCUGGGGAGUUGCACAAGGCAUGGGAAAUACUAAAUGAGAGAGUGGGAAAAUGUAGCAUCUCCAUGUGGGGAGCUCUACUCAGUGCAUGUGUGGAUUGUGGGAACAUAGAGUUGGGCGAAUUGGCAGCUGAAAGAGCACUUCACUUAGAUCCUCAGAAUGUUGGGAUCUGCGUUAUGCUAUCAAACCUAUAUGCCAAGUUUGGUAUGUGGGAUCGGAUCAGGGAAUUGAGAGCCCUGAUUAAUGCAAGUCGGUUAAGAAAAGAUGUUGGGUGCAGUUGGGUUCAGGUAACAAGUUGAAUGGCUUCUUGUCAUGCCUUCAACAAAAUAUGACAAACAACACAGGAAUAGAUUUCGAUCAAGUUUAUGGCAUGAUGAGAUCAUUUAGUGAGGGAGAUAUAAAG